AGCCCUUCGCCCUUCAGCAUCCAAGGACAUCCAGCGGUCCCAACGCCUCAUCCCUGCAUCCUCCUCCUGCCCUCGCUCCCUCCCUUUCUCCCGCUGCUCCAGGCAUCGCUGGCUGCUUAGCAAGUAGAACUGCAGUCUCUCCAGCAAUGCUUUCAGACGGAGUCUCAAUCCUGCCGCUUCUCUUCCUCUGCCAAGCUUAUGCUCUGCCAUUAGCAAGCCAGCUGUCGGAAGAAGAUGAGAAGGUGACCAGAUGCAUCACGGAAGUUCUAGCAGACACCCUUUCCAAACCCAGUCCAGUUCCAGUGACCAGUGAAUGCAUGAAAAUCCUUAGGGAGGAUGAACGAGUCCUGGCGAUGCUUCACCAUCAGCAUCUGCUGACAGAGCUGGAAGAUCUGGCGCAUCAAGAAAAUGCAAAGCAUCGUCUGGGACAUGAAGACAGCCGUGACUCUUGGGAAAGAGAAGGCGAAGAGCAGGAGGAAGUCAAGAAGCGAGAGGCGAGGGCGGGCCAGCAGAGAGAAGCAACAGCUUCUGAGAAGAUGCAAGAUGGGGAAUGGAAGGAAGAGGGGCAGGGCCUGAAGGAGUUCCAAAAAACGGAGAAGAUCGAGGAGAAGUUGAAGGAAGUCUCCCACGGAGAGGACAAACAGGAGGCUUUGGAAGAGGAGGCGGCCAAAGAGGAGAUGGAGGAUGAGGGUGAGGAAGACAGGCUGAGGAAGAAUAAGAAAAGGAGCUCCUCGGAGACGUGGUCUUCUCAGGAAUAUUUUGGCCAUGUGAAGAACAGAGGUCCUGGGGGGCCGAAAAUCAGGGAGGUGAUGCUUCAAGGAAAUCGGGACAGCAUCAAGAGAAAUGGGUCAGACAAGAAGAGGCCCUUCGAGCUGGAGGGAGAAGAGGAAGUAGGUGACAGCUCUGAAGAGAAGCCGAGAAGCCGUUACCACCACCAUGGAGGCCGCCACCAUGAGGACUGGGAGGAUGAAGAGGAAGAAGAGAAGAAGAGGAAGAUGGCUGAUCUGACCAAGCGAGUGGCCGAGAAGGCCAGUGACGAAGAGACAGCCCAGUUUGAAGAGGAAGAGAAAGGGGUAAAGAUCUCCAACUCCAAGGGCCAACUCCAUGGAGGCUGGAAGCCCUGGCCGGAGGAAGAGGAAGAGAAGGAGGAAGGUGAGAUGAGGUAUGGACACCACCAUCAACCAGCUGGCCUGGACCUCAAGAAGAGACACUGGGAAGAUUAUCCAAAGGGCAGGCACCAUGGCCGUGAAGAGGAUGAGGGAGAAAGGGAGGCCGGCCAGAAUGAGGCCCAAGAGCUGCAGAAGCUUGAAGAGAUUGAAUAUGAUCUCCAAAAGGCUGCUGAGAAGCUGCAGGAACUGAAGAGAGGCUCUUCUCGUCCAGCACAUCAAGGGCAGGUUUAGGGGAGGAGAGGGGGACAGGUGUCUUCUUCCCUUCCCAGCCCUCUUCCACACACGCAACCUCUCUCUCUUUGUUCUCUCCAGCUUGGCUUUCGACUGUUAACUAGGACCUUCCUUUUGCUAAAAAUAUCCACCCUGGCAGCUCUUUGCUACGGAAACAUGGCUCAACGAACCACCUCCUUCCAGUUAUAUCUCCUAAAAUAAGAAGGCGUCCAACAGCAUCUUAAAGAACAACGUCAUUUUAGGGCAGCAGAAACUUUUCGGGACUUGAGCCCAGUUCUGGAAAAAGGGAGCUCUAGAUCUCCAAAGCUUCUCCCGGAAAAGCAUUUUGUUUGGUCUUUAAGGUGAUGCUGGACUCCUGUUCGUUUUUGUGGUGAUGGGCUGACAUGGCUACCCCUCUGGAAUUAUCCCCCAAAAUGCUGGUUCUUGGGCUAAAGGGACCAGCUUAAAACACACUGCAUGGUCUUCAACUGGAACUUCUCAGUAUUUUAUUUUAAAUAGUGACUAAAAGGCAGUGACGUGGAUGGAGCCCACAGUAUAUAUAGAGAAAGGGGGCUUUAACACUCUCCAGCCCAGAGAUCAAAACCAAACUCCUCCUCUUGAUUUUAUAUGUGGAUGGGAAAUAAGGAAGGAUGGGAGAUGAGUUAAACCUUUCUCCCUCCCCACUGUGAUCUACUAUGAUCCAAACUGGAGGGUCACAUGGCAUCAAAUUCCAUUUAAGGAUACUGUGGAGAUCCAGUUGACGGCCUUCUGUCUCCUAGAAACGCUCUCUGUGGAUAGCCAGACUUGCCUUAGGCAGUUGUUUCCCAUUUCUGACCUCAAGGUUGAAUCUGGUUAUAUGCUAAAAGCUCUGAGAUGAAUUUCUUCUCUGCAUCCAGAGCGACAGGUCAAGACAGUCCACCAGGAAUCCCCAACGCCCAAGCAAUUCAUCUCUCUGUCACCGCUGGAGGAGUACAGGUCAUCUUCACCAAAGCCUGGUUAUUCCCAAAAUGUGUUCUACGGGAUAUUAGUUAAAGAACGGGAGGCUCCCAUGUGCCUGAAGUAGCUGACUACAGAGGAGGCUGCCUGCAGCGUCUCUGUAUGAGUUACUAGAUCUGGCCUGUCCUCCCCUCCAGUCCGGUAGGUGAGUAAUUCAUUGCCUCUGCACUGCUGAGACUGAUCACUCCAAAAGGGGUAGAACGGUCCAUCCUGAGAGGAAGCUGACUGCGCUCAGAACAGCGACUGAUGCAGAUACACUGGCGAAUUCUUACUUGUGCUAAAAGUGAUAUUUGCCAGGGUCGUGUACUGAAUCACAUCUCCUAGUUUGAAUUCUUAGUUUUAGGGACGUCGUUUGGUCUAGCUGAAGUUUUGUGAACUGUGCAAGACAAGAGUAUGCUUUGUAAACUUUGCUGUUAUAAAGGGAGAUUGCAAGGAACAGAUUCUUCCCAAUUGAAGCAUUUUAAGUGAAGCGAAUCCUUUAUAACAGGCACUCUCACCCAUAGUUUUUUUUAAAGCUUCCAUUUUACUAGAUGUUUGGCACAAAGCCUUGCGCUAGUCAUAACUCCCCCCCUCCCAUCCCGUGGGCCUCUGCCUUCUUUCCGCACCCUGACGCCUUCCUGGCUCUACUGCUGACUGUUAAAACUUUGUCCCUUUCCUCUUCCAUCAUUGACCUCCGCUGGUAUCAGCGUGAAGCAGACUUUUCUUGGACGCUGCUCAUGUGAUUGGGGAAGGGGUGUGUGUGUGUGUGCUCGGGAAAGCGUGUGUACGUUGUUUCUGAUUUCUAUGAUUGGGAACAGAUUUGCUUUGCUUGCCGGUGUGUAGCCGACUCAAUAAAGUGAAAUCCA